GUGACCUGCAGUGAAGUCACUUUACUGCACACACACACAGGUGCUUUGGAGACUGGAACUAAAUAGUAAUUGGGAGACACCCUCGAAGGAUGACAAACAUUUCACGGCAUCUUGUUAAUCACCUCCUGACCUUCUCGCUCCAGGAUGGAGAUGUACAGAGUGUGGAGGAGGCCCAGGCCCGACUCUCAUUUUUGGCCCAAAAUAAAAAGUUGUGGAGCCAACAGAUGUUUCUAGACGUCACGUUAGACUCUGUCAUUCUACGCGACAUUCAAAGCCAGGAUGAGCUGGAGAAGUAUACUUUCAAAUCUAUUCUACGCUGCGACUCCAAAACAGAGAGGCAUUUCCCCUCUUUACUGCUGCUUGUGUGUCAAAGCCCUGAUCAGAAAAAGCCAGAUAUUCACUUCUUUAACUGUGAGAUGGCGAAGGCUGAGCAGAUCUGCGAGGACAUCUCACGAGCACUUUCAGGUCAACACGUCAACAGAAGCAGAGGCAUCGGAGACAUGACUGACCUGCAGGAAAUUCCGAUUCCUCCUCACGCACAUGCCCCAAACCCACCACCAGCAAACCCUCCACCUUAUCCUGGUCCUAGAGCAAACGGAGUCAACGGCCCAGAUAUUGCUCUCCUGCGCGCAGAAAGAGAAGUGGGUAUCUUGAAUCACUGCUUUGAUGACAUCGAGAGCUUCAUGGCCAAGCUGCAGCAGACAGCUGAGGCAGCCACAGUCUUAAACCAGAGGAAGAAGAAGAAGAAAAAGAACAAAAAGCAAAGUGCUGAAGAGGACCUACUCACUGCAAAAGCCAAACCACCACCAGAAGAGGAGUUUGUUGAUAUCUUUCAGAAGUUCAAGUAUUGCUUCAGUUUAUUGGCUCGUUUGAAAUCAACCAUCUCCAACCCAUCAUCAGAGGAACUUGUGCAUCACGUAUUUAAACCUCUGGACAUGAUGGUGAAAACUACAGGUGGUCCAACAAUGGGAGCGAUGGUGACCAGUCCAGCCCUGACCACUUCGGCUGUGACCCUGCUACAGGACACUCUCAACGAGGAGGAGAGGCAGCUGUGGAUGUCUCUGGGACCCAACUGGACACAGUCACGAUCUCAGCUCAGAGAACCAAUAGUUCCCUACAGUCCUGUGUUCCUCGACGGGUGGAAGCCGGAAGCCUCAAGGCCAGACGGGCAGGUUUGGGAGGAUCCGAUCGAGUCAGCGCACAAACAUGAAGCUCUCCGAGAAAAACAAGAGCAAGCACGGCUAUCCGAGCUGUCCAAGCCUCCAGUUAAUGAUGAAACAGAUGGCCAUGGACAACCCCCACAACCUGACAGACUAUACUGCUGCAGUUAUGACUUCAUAGCGAGAAACAAUAGUGAGCUUUCAAUACAAAAAGGAGAAGUGCUUGAGGUGCUUGAAUCAUCCAAACGUUGGUGGAAGUGUCGCAAUCGCUACAACCAAGUGGGUUUUGUUCCUCACAACAUGCUUGAACCCAUGGCUCAUGUGGACAGCCCAGUCGCCAAUACCCCAAAUGUACCAGCCGUGUCCCCUGCUCCUAAGUUUGAUAACAGACUGUCGCUGAUCCCACCUGCCCCGCCCCUAGCUUCAUCUCCCUCCACACAGAGGCCAGUCAGCAUGCCGUCAUUCAUCCCACAUGCACCUGCCACAGAGGACACAGAAAAAGAAGUCAUGAAUGAGGUGAAUGAGGAGCUACUCCAGAGGCUGACCAAUGGAAAGGCCAAUCUGAAUAAGCCCCUGGUCAUUCCCCGCUCCACAGAGACCAGUGUGCCACUAGACUACCACUCUUCUCCAGAAGAGGUCGCCGAGUGGCUCAGAGCAAAAGGCUUCACUGAUGCAACUGUUGAUUGUUUGGGUGUGUUGACUGGGGCACAGCUCUUCUCCCUAAAUAAAGAGGAGCUACGCGCUGUGAUUCCAAAGGAAGGUGCCAGAGUCUAUAGCCAGCUGACUGUCCAGAAAGCACUGCUAGAGGAUGCUAGAAGAGCCACAGAGCUGGAAACAGUCAUGGAGAAGCAGAAAAUGAAAGUUGAUCAUAAUUUAGAGAGUGGCACAUUGUAAAAAAAAAAAAGAA